AUGCUGAUACAUUUUUACGUAGAGCUUCAAUCAGUUCUAGAGUAGAAAGAUGUGAAAAUGAAGUUAUAGAUACUGUGGAUUAUCUAACUUUAAAUGAAAAUCAAAAAAAAAAAUUUAAACAAAUAGAACAACAUUAUGAAAAAAAACAAAAUAGAACUGAACGUAAUCAAUUUUCAGAAGCAAUGUUUAUAUUACCAAAAUGGUCUGAUAUUGAUGCAAUUAAUAUAGAUAAGCUUGGAUCUUUAAACUGUCCUAUUGCCAAAAUUCUUGCUGUAUAUACUGGUGAUCAAGAAGCAAAAAAAGCUGAUUUUGAUGUUGCAAAAGGUCUUGAAUCACAACUUUUGCUAGCUACAG